GGAAAGGGAUCACCGCUACAGAUGAUAGCGAAGUGAUCACUCGGAUGCGAAAGUCCGGCGCUAUUUUCAUUGCGAUGACUAAUAUACCGGAACUGGGGAUGUGGUGGGACUCCUAUAACAAACUAUACGGCCGGACGUACAACCCCUACGACAAGUCCAGAAUAUGUGGAGGCAGUUCGGGAGGGGAGGCGGCGCUCAUAUCGGCCGCCGGUUCUGUGUUUGGGGUGGGCGCAGAUAUCGGCGGCUCUAUCCGUAUGCCAUGUUUUUUCUGCGGUAUCUUUGGUCAUAAGACAACUCCAGGAGUUGUGUCCACUGAUGGCAUGUAUCCCGAAGCGUCGCCUAAACGCCAGGAGCUCCUAUCUAUCGGACCUAUGUGUCGAUACGCGUGUGAUUUGAAGCCAAUGCUGAAAGUGAUGGCCGGAAGCAGUGGCGCGAAGUUAGAGUUAGACAAAGCCGUGGAUCUCAAGAAACUCAGGUUUUAUUACAUGGAAUCGGACGGCAACUCAUUUCAUACACCCAUUCAGCCCGAGAUAAGGGACGCCAUUCACAAAGUGAUCGGUCAUUUCAAUAAGACGGGCGCCUCCUCUAAGAAAGUGUAUUUCAAGCAAUUCAAGUACGGCUUAGAGAUGUGGUUGACGGCCAUGAAAGACCCGACGACUCCCAAAACUGCCCGCCAUUUGGCUAAUCUUAAGGGCGAAAUCAAUCCAUUGGUAGAGUUCUUCAAGUCGUUGGUCGGCGCCUCCAAUCACACGGUCUGUGCCCUCACUCUCUGUAUAUCAGAAUUGAUUGCGAAGUCAGUCAACAGAAAGAGAUUCGACGAAAUGCGACAGAAUUUGAUCCAAGAAUUGCAUCAACUCUUA